CUCGCGCUCAACGAUGGCACGACCAUGCCCCAGAUCGCUUUUGGUCUUUAUCUCAUCCCGAAGGACGAGGCCGGCGCGUGCGUGCAGGCCGCGGUCGACGCCGGCUACCGCCACUUCGACGGCGCGGCGUUCUACGACAACGAGGCCGCCGCGGCCGCGGCGCUGACCCCCGACUGCUUCUACACGUCCAAGGUCUGGACGACGGACAAAACGUUCGACGACGCCGUGCGGUCCGUGCAGCGGAGCGCGAAGGAGCUCGGCCGCCCGUUGGACCUCGCGCCCGCGCUCGUGCACUGGCCCGUGCCCGGCCACCACUUGGAGCAGUACCGCGCGCUCGUGCACUGCCGCGACGAGCUCAAGAUCGUGAAGCGUUGCGGCCUGAGCAACUACACGCCGGAGGACUACGAGGAGCUCAUGGCGUCGGGCGUCGCGACCGGCGCGCCGCCCUGCGUCAACCAGAUCGAGGUCUCGCCGUUCCUCUACCGCAAGGAGUGCGUCGACUACUUCCAGUCCAAGGGCCUCGUCGUCCAGGCCUUCAAGCCCCUCCAGCGCGGCGCGGCCCUCGGGAACGAGACCGUGGGCGCCCUGGCCUCGAAGCUCGGCGUGUCGGCGGCCCAGGUGCUGAUCCGCUGGGGCGUGCAGAAGCGGCUCAACGUCUGCGUCAAGAGCGCGAACCCGGGCCGCAUCCGGGCGAACCUCGACGUGGCGGGCUUCGAGCUCUCCGAAGACGACGUGGCCGCGCUCGACGCGCUG